AUGUGUUUGGGUGUGUGUGUGUUUGUUUUGAUCAUAUCUAUCUAUCUAUCUAUCUAUCUAUCUAUCUAUCUGUUCACCCCAAGCAAGGCUGUCGAUCACAGUCUGUUUAUAUCUAUCUAUCUAUCUAUCUAUCUAUCUAUGAUACUGUUUCUAUCUAUUUAUUUUUCUUUUUUUAAAGGUUCACCCCAAGCAAGACUGUCGAUCACAGUCUGUUCAUAUAUCUAUCUAUCUAUCUAUCUAUCUAUCUAUCUAUCUAUCUAUCUAUUUAACCCUUAUCCUCCACUUUUUAAGAGAUCCAUUUCUUUCUUUCUUUCUUUCUUUCUUUCUUUCUUUCUUUCUUUCUUUCUUUCUUUCUUUCUUUCUGCUAGUAUCACCCACUUUUUAAGAGAUCCAUUUCUUUCUUUCUUUCUUUCUUUCUUUCUUUCUUUCUUUCUUUCUUUUUUUCUACAACAUAUCAAAGCGCAUUCAUUAAAAGGACUCUUCGUUCUCCUCCGCUGUCAUAGUCGUGUUUUCUCAGAUGUCUUUGAUGAUACAGACGAGCCCGGAAUUGAACACGGCUCUACAACUUCGAUUUCCGUGUCGAUAACUGUAACACAAUCCGCACAUCAUAAUCGCUUUCUCUUUCUCUCUCUUUUCCUUCUCUCUUUCUUUCACUUUUUCUCUCUUUUCCCCUCUCUCUUUCUCUUUCUUUCUCUCUCUUUUUCCCUCUCUCUUUCUCUCUCUUUCUCAUUCUCUCUUUCUCUCUCUCUUUCUUUCGCUUUCUCAUUCUCUCUUUCUCUCUCUCUCUCUUUCUUUCGCUUUCUCAUUCUCUCUCUCUUUUUCCCUCUCUCUCUUUUUCCCUCUCUCUUUCUCUCUCUCUUUUUUCCUCUCUCUUUCUCUCUCUUUCUUUCUCUCUAUACUUUCUUUUUCUUCUUCUUCUUCUUUGCCAUUUUCUUUUUACUUCCUUCUCUACCUCCACCACUUAACAGCACCCUCACUAAACAUUGUUGUUCCGGCAUUUCUCUUGUUCUUAUCUCUCGGGCAGCAGACACAGGAUAUGUUUCUCUCAACUACUCUCUUUGCCCUAAUCCCACUUUCCAAUUCUUUUUCUUGUCUUUCUUUCUUUCUUUCUUUCUUUCUUUCUUUCUUCCUUUCUUUCUUUCUUUCUUUCUUAAAUUGAGUUAUCCGCUGCUUUAG